AUGGACCCAAUUACAGCCUUGGGAGUUGCGGCAGCUGUGAUACAGUUCAUUGAUUACAGCACAGGAAUAGCUUUGAAAGGAAGAGAGAUUUAUAAGUCUGGAGAGCUUGGGGCCAAUGUUAAACUUGGGGAGGCGACGAAUCGCUUGCAAAACUUAGUUGAGCCGUUAAGGAGCUCUCUUCACUCAGGAAUUCAAAACGCACCUUCACCUUCACCAGCGGAUGCCGAUCGAGCCCUCAAAGAUAUCUGCACUAAAUGCAUCGACUUGUCCGAGGAACUUAGGGGUCUUCUUGGCUCCCUAAAGCUCAAUCUAAGUGUUAAGCAUCCCAGGCUAGCAAGCUUCCAGCAAGCAGUCAGGGCUGUUUGGAAUGAAGAAAAGAUACAAGGAUUGAAAAGUCGUUUGGGUGAUUUGCGUAGCAAUCUCGAGACACAUGUUCUUGUUGACUUGAGAUAUCGAAUGAUCGAAGUCAAGCUCGAACAGGAAAACAAUUUCAAAACGCUCGAUAAAGCAUUGCAAGCAAUAAUGCAAGAAGUCCUAGACAAUCACCAGAGUAGUUUAACUAAGUUUGAGCAAAACUUCAAUCACUUGAGGUUGUCGCAGGAGAAAGAGCAUUCACACACUCGCAGUGUGCUUGUCGAUCAACAAGCAUCGAGGCAUCGGCGUCAGGCGGAAUUAAGUAUUCUUGAAAGUCUCAAAUUUUCAUCGAUGAAUCUUCGGCAUGAGACGAUUACUGAAGCACAUCAGCAAACUUUUGAGUGGAUAUUUUGCGAUCCCGAAAUUGAACAUAAACCAUGGAGCAAUUUCAGCGAAUGGCUGAAAAACGAGAAUGGCAUCUACUGGAUUCAUGGCAAACCUGGAUGUGGAAAGUCAACCUUAAUGAGAUUUAUUGUCGAUGAUUCUCGAUCUCGUAGAUACGCAGAAACAUGGGCACAUAAUACUCCCCUGGAGACACCAUCUUUUUUCUUCUGGAACAGUGGUGAUGAAGCUCAAAGAUCGCAAUCUGGCUUACUUCGAAGUCUACUUUACGAGAUUCUUGAGAAACAUUGCACUCUCAUACCCGAAGUAUUUCCCAAGGAAUGGAAGACCGCAUUCGAGAAUACCCUGCAUAAUGUCCCGAUUCUGGCAACAAACUGGUCACUACCUGCUCUGAAAAAGUCAUUCCGGAAAUUGGUUGAGGAAACGUCUGAAAAACUGUCGUUUUGCUUCUUCAUUGAUGGUCUGGACGAAUAUGAAGGAGACUAUUGGGAGAUCGCAGAGUACUUUAUCGAACUAUGUGAAUCGAAACACGCAAAAUUUUGCUUAUCCAGCCGGCCUGAGAUUGCAUUCUUGGAUAUAUUCAGAUGCAUGCCACAACUAAAGCUCCAUGACCUAACGGAAUCCGACAUCACAAACUACGUUCGAGAUAGAUUGGAGAAUAACUUACAAAUGCGAAUUUUGAUGAAGAAUACUCCGUCGGAUGCGUCGGCGCUGAUAACCGAAGUCGUGGGUGACGGGGAUGGGGUGUUCUUAUGGGUUAGGCUGGUCGUAAAUUCUUUACUUAAUGGCCUCCGAAAAAGGGAUGAUAUUUCAACGCUCAGAGCUCGCCUACGAGAAACUCCAAAGGAGAUUGAUGACCUCUAUGACCGUAUUUUAUCGUCCAUUGAUCGAAUACACAUGAUAGAGGCCUCGAAGAUAUUUCAACUGGAACUAGGUGCGAACGUAAUCUUGUCAAAAUCCACUUUUCUAAAUUUGUAUGCUGCCUACAAAUUGAGCUUUAAGUCUUUCAAUCAAGCUGUAAUUGGAGACGAAACGUCCUGCUUUCGCCAAAUGUCCCUCGAGGAUUGCGGGGAGGAUCUCGCCCAUGUGUUACGUACCCGGUGUGGAGGGCUUUUGGAAUUGGCCAAGAGCACAGGCAAAGUGAAUUAUAUUCAUAGAACCGCUCGGGAAUACAUGCACAAGCCCAAGACGUGGGAAAUGCUCCUUACUCAUACAUCAGACCUGGAAUUCGAUCCAUGGUUUACUUGGUCAAUUGUGUUUUUAAACUUAGUCAAGGCGGGUACGAAGAAUAAUUCGCUUCUUUUGACAAGUAUAAUAGAAAAGGGAAAAAAAUGGAGAGUUAUGUGGAGUCACUUCACCUGGAACCUACGCAGAGUUACCUCAGCCAAAGCCAAAAGCCAUAUCCCCCAGUUGGUUGAGGAAUUUGAUAGAGCCGCUCAGCGGUAUUCGGAUUUUUGUAACCCAUCUACCAACCAGCUGGAAUAUUGGAAUAAGUCUCUCUAUAAAUCAACUCUAACUAUUGAUCAUACUAAUGUUAAUUGUACCACCUAUUAUGGAAGUUGUCCUGGUCAAGAUGUCUCCAAGGGCGACAGGGCGGAUUUAUGGAGUACGAUGAACUUACUUUCGGCAUGUAUUGAAGAUGAUAUAUUUUCUUAUGUUGAGAUGAAGAUAAUAUCAGACCCGUCUCUGAUGCGACUGAAAUAUUAUCCUCCUCUGAUGGUACUCUGCUUUGGUCGACUUUUACUUGAAUUUGAACAAGGCUUCCCCAGUUCGAGAUUACUGGUGUUUCUGUUGGAAAACAACGCUAAUUUUAAUGAGAUAUAUCACGGUCACAGUUUGUGGAAAAUAUUUCUUCACGUUGUGCAUACUAGAUUCAUUCAUGUUUUGCAUACUAAAUCCAUUAUUCAUUUUCAUUCUGAGCACCCUGACGAUCUUAAUAAUAUUUUUUGGGCAAUGGAAAUCAUGCUCCAGCGCGGAGCCGAUGUUGAAGCGUGUUGUAUUGGAGAAAAUAUGACAUGGUAUGAAGUGUUUCCCGAUCGACCAAUUCAUUGUAGAGCUUUAGAACAACACUGCAAACAGCCGCUUGAAUGCCAGGGUGUUGUUGACAUCGGUUCGAGCAAUCCGAGCGACGACAGCGCAAGCCAUAUCAGCGAAAACUAUAACGAGCCGUGUGAAGUACGACAUUCCUUAGAACGGAUCAUUAAGGAUGGAUUUGAAAAAAAGCGACCGGACCUUUCGGCGAACCUACUAAGCCUAGUUGCGCAAAAGAAGGCUGAGAAACUAGCCAUUGAGAAGCAGAGUCGAAAUCAACCACCUGGCUCAUCUGGCGGGAAUAAAGGACGGAAACAAAAGCAUAGAAACAGGAAGAAAGGCAAAGGAAAGCGUGGUCAGAUUGCUUUGGCAGACGAUUCUGAUUACUGA